AUGGGAUAUAAAUGUAUAUUCUCAUUUAAAGGUCAAUUACCAGAAAUGACAAAAAGGAUAGAAUUUUUAGGAGGAAUAAAAGUAUCAACAGGUACAAUUAAUUGUUCAUUAUAUUUAGAGAGAGUACCAGAUGGAUCAAAUUUAAUACCAAGAGAAUUUCAUUUACUAUUGUAUGAUGAAAAGCCAAAGAAAUGUUUUACAGUUUGCAGGGAUACAAUCGUCGAAACUGAUAGAGAGAUGGUAUCAAUUCUAGAGAAAACCAAUUCCUAUAAAAAGAGGCAAACCACUGAAGCAUUAAUAAGCAAAUAUGAAUUGGGUGAUUUCAUUAUUAGAGUUGGUCCUAUUGUAUUCAGAACUGAGAUUAGAGGUAUACUGGUAGAAGUGGAAUAUACAGCUUGCUCAACACCCGUUACCUCUCCUUUCAAUUGUACAAAGUUAUUAUCUGAAUUCAUUAAUGGAAAUUUAGGUCCAUUCCCUGAACCAAUUCAAACAAGUUUUGAUUUUAGUGCUUAUCCAACUUUACCAAAAAGUUAUUCAGAUCUUCAUACCUCUUAUCAAUAUGUAAAUUUAUUUAGAACUAUUAAUUAA